CGUCACUCUGGAUCCCGGAAGAGGAAGAUAAAUCUACCAUCUCUCAACGAACGUUUUAUUUCUUCCUGAAUAAAAACACGGAUGCACUUUAAUCCUCUCGUCUAACGGUACCUCUUUCGGAACUGGUGGUUCUGCUGGUCUUGGAGGUCCUGGUUCUGGUAGUCCUGGUGGUCCUGAUUGCUCCUGGUGGACAUGUCAUCCUCCAGGAUGUUUGUGGGAGCUGCUGCAGUCACCCUGCUGCUGCUGCUCGAUGCUGCUGCGUUUGCACAGGCCAAGAGUUUUGAGGAUGUUCGCUGUAAGUGCAUCUGCCCUCCAUACAGAAACAUCACCGGUCACAUCUAUAACAGGAACGUCUCCCAGAAAGAUUGUAACUGCCUCCAUGUUGUGGAGCCGAUGCCUGUUCCCGGUCAUGACGUGGAAGCUUACUGUCUGCUGUGCGAGUGCAAGUACGAGGAGCGAAGCAGCAACACCAUCAAGGUAACCAUCAUCAUCUACCUGUCUGUGGUUGGAGCCCUCCUGCUCUACAUGCUGUUUCUGCUGCUGGUUGAUCCUCUCAUCCGUAAACACGACCCCUACACCCAGCCUCUGCACAACGAGGAGGACACUGAGGAGAUGCGUCCUCAGGUGGACAGCAGUCAGGCCAGAGGGAACACGGUGCUGGAGCGGGUGGAGGGCGCCCAGCAGCGCUGGAAGAAGCAGGUUCAGGAGCAGCGCAAGACUGUUUUUGACCGCCACAAGAUGCUCAGUUAAGCCCUGGAGCUGACCUCGGAUCAGGUGGUCUUACACUGUCUCUGUCACCAGCUGCACUCAGACAAACCUCUGCAUCUUUACCGCGCACCGCACCUGAUGAAUGACUACUUCUUCACAUCACUCACAUUUCAAACGCACUCCCGAUAUUUAUCCAGUAUUCAAUAUUUACUCAGCCGCUGAGGUCAAGCUGCAACUCGUACAGCUGCAUGUUUCAUGCACACUUAAAGAGUUCAUCCAUCAUCCUCUGCAAUUUGCAAUGCAACAGAUAAGUAGGAACCUGUGAACAGCUUUUAGACUUUCUCAUUGUCUUGUUCUCUUAAUUUUUUAAAGAUUUUAUUGCAGCAUAGUUGAAACCAGUGUUUAAAAAUGUUGAGCUCAGUUCAUUUGUUGUGCUUUUAGAGUACUAAGCAUAAACCAGGGCUGCACGACAUUGCGGAGUGUAAUGAUGUUGAUACCUUCUGUAAAUCAGAUCUGUAUCAGCAUUUCCAGCACUUUAUUUCUUUAUUUUUUCUUUGAUUUUUGUGUUUUCUGCUUCUUUGCAUGUAAACCAGUAAAAUAAUAUCUAUUAACAUUAUCUAGUUUAGUAGAGCUUGGUCUGAAUGAACAGUGCAUAGUGGCGUUCAGUCUUUUGGUCACGAUAUCGUGCAGCCCUGAGACAGACACACACACACACACACACACACACACACACACACACACACACACACACACACACACACACACACACACACACACACCACACCAUGUCCUCCUUUCACGUCAGUAGUUUUUGGCAUUAUAAGAAAAGCCCGUGCAGAUUUGAUAUGUUGUAAUUUGUUAUUUGACGACAGCCCCCAUCUGUGCCUUCUCUGCCUCGGUGUGAGAAUGUGUCUCUUCAAACUAAAAUGUAAAAGCAGAUGGUGAGGCCUCCCAGUGAAGUUGUAUUCGAUGUGAACCUCGUUCAGAUUUUUUCUGAUGUGAUCUUUGCUCUUGAUGGUACCAGUAGAACCUAAAUUACGUUUUGUACAGAGAUUCUGAAACAAUCCAACUGCUCUGGUUUUCAAUUGUGCAGCAGAAUUUAAUGUAACAUUCAAACAGAGAAUUUAAUGAUGCUCAGAAAAACCUAAUCUAACAGAAUUAGUUACUUUUGCUGAGCGUUUUAACUCCACGUGAUCGUUGUCAUGUUUUUUUUUUUUAUUUCUUCUCAAACUUCUCCAGAGGAGAAGCGGCUUACGUUACGUCUCACACAAUGUGAACUGCUGGUGUUUGUUUGUUUGUUUGUGACAUUUUAUGUGUUUUUAUUGAAGUAUUUCUUUCGUAUCACAGCUGAAGUGUUUUGUAAGCAUCCGAAUCUCCAGAUGAAGUGGAGUAUUGCAUUGGCCAUGUCUGUACAUUCAGCUUGAUGGAAAAUAAAUACAUUUAGAA